CCUGACCUGAAGGGAUCCGCCCGCCUUGGCCUCCCAAAGUGCUGGGAUUACAGGUGUGAGCCACCGUGCUCGGCUGUCACUUUUCUUAAAUUUCACUGGUGCUGGUGGGCUGCACAGUCAGGACCAACUAGAGGCGAGCAACCCCGGUGGCACCUGGCCUUCCUCAACCCGCCCGAGUCGCCAGCCGCACUGCCCCUGGGCAGAUGUGCGCGGCGGCUGCGGCACAGGGUGGGGAGCGGCUGCUCGGCCCCAUUCUAAGGCAGCGGAAUGCCCAGAGCUGGUCCCUGGCUCCAGGCGCAGGCCGAGUAGAAGCUAGGCGGGCAGCGGCGUCGGACUGCCCUUCCCGCCUGGUGGACAGCCGGCUCUGACCCAGCCAUCCAACUCCGCUUGCAUCCUGGCAGCGCGGACCCUGGGGCAACUUCGCUGCGGUGGUCAAGCCAGGAGCGGCCAAGCGAUGGCGCCACAGGGGCGGGAACUGGCCGGCACCCCUGAACAGAGCAAGUGGAGGAGCAGGUGCGCCAGCGGCUCUGUGAGGCGUCACUCAUGACAGGCAGGCUGGGCGCUGCCACCCCAACCCUCCCAGGGACCGCCCGCCAGCCCAGGCCGGCGCCGGAGCUGCAGCGCCACCUGCAGGCCAAGGAGUUUUUUUGAGGGAGGCUGGAGCUACAGUUGCAGUGACGUCACAGGUGCGCAGGCGCACUGGUGUGUAACGGAUUGGCUUGGCCUUACCCGCGUGGCUUGGCCUUACCCGCGUGGCUUGGCCUUACCCGCGAGGCUUGGCGGUUGUUGCUUGGCUUGGCCGUUGUUGCUUGGCUUGGCGGUGGUCGUUUGGCUUGGCGUGGCGUGGCAGUGAUCGCUUGGCUUGGCAUUUCUGGCUUGGCGGUGCUCCUUUCACAGAUUGGAAACCGCAGGCUUUCCUGCUGGGAGGUUGUGGCAGAGGCAGUAGCUCUCUACUGAUGGCCUCCAGGGGUGGAGAAAAGCGGGGAGGGUCUGAGGGGUCUCCGAAACCCACAGUCUCCGCCAUGAGGAAGACCCCUAGCGUCGGGAGCCAGGAGGACCAGUUGUCCUUAAGCUACCUGGGGGACCAGUGGUCCUCAGACUCCCUCAGGUGGUUAAGCGACAGCGCGGGCAGCGACAGCGAGCACGUUGAGGGCGCCUUAGAUCAGCCCCAGCACGACGUCCGCCUGGAAGAUCUCUGUGAGCGCCACAGAGCUGCCCGGUCGGGCGACGUCCCUGGGGUGGAGCGCGUCCUGGCUCCUGGAGACCCUGGCGUGAACAAGAGGGAUAGGAAGGAGAGCCUUCGGCACCUAAUUCCUGAAUGUAAGAUGGAACAGUCACCUGAAAGUCUCCCUCAGAAUAACAAUCCAGAUUGGCAUCCUACUAAUUUGACCAUUAGUGAUAAGACUUGUCAGAAAUCCAAGAUUCUGAACGUUGAUGAUCAGUGUCCAUCUGUAUCACCAUCAAUGCCUGAAAAUCAGUCAGCAACCAAAGAAUUGGGACAGAUGAACUUAACAGAACAAGAAAAGAUGAACGUCUCGGGGAAUGAUAGUCUCCAUGACCUGUGCCAAUCACAGCUACCAGAAAACAAAGAGAGCAAAGAAGCAGAACAAGAAUUGGAGCUGACAUCAGAGGAAGAGCAAGAAAGACUUAAAGGACAUGAAAAUAAGCAGCCAGAGAAAAUGUCUCAAGAACCGGAAAUGGCUAAGGAUUGUGAUAGAGAGGAUAUACCUGUAUAUUCAAUACUUCCUCAUGUGCAAAAGUCUGAGGAAAUGUGGAUCGAACAAGGCAAAUUAGAGUGGAAAAACAAAUUAAAACUUGUCACAAAUGAGUUAAAGCAGAGGUUUGGUGAAAUUUGUGAAACAUACAAAAUUCCGGUUUGUCCUGAGGAAGAGCCACUACUUGAUAACUCUAUGAGAAAAACAAAUGUAAAAGACAUUCCCUUUAAUUUGACAAAUAAUAUACCUGGUUGUGAGGAAGAAGACGCAUCUGAAGUGUCUGUCUCAGUGGUAUUCGAGACAUUUCCUGAACAAAAUGAACCCAGUCUCAAAAGUAUCAUCCAUCCAUACUGUCAUCCAUACUCUGGGUCCCUGGAACAUGCUUGCCAGUCAUCUUCUAAGCUUCAUUUACAUGAAAAUAAAUUAGACUAUGACAGUGAUAACAAACCAGGCAUUGAACAUAUUUUUAGUAUGGAUGAAAACUUUAGUAAUGAUGCAGGCAUUAAGAAAGCAAGGAACCCAGAAGAGGUUACAGUUGAAAUGAAAGAAGGCCAAGAGUUUGAUUUGCAAAUGACAAAAAACAUGAACCAAAAUAGUGACAGUUGCACUACAAAUAACUAUAAAAGUCUGAAACCUAAAUUAGAAAAUCUGAGUUCUUUACCACCAGAUUCUGACAGAACAUCAGAAGUAUAUCUACAUGAAGAAUUACAGCAAGACAUGCAAAAGCCUAAGACUGAGGUUGACAGGGUGGAAGAAAUGUUCCUGGCUUUGAAGAAAGAAAACGUUCAGCUUCAGAAAGAAGUUGAAGAAGAAGUGGAGAAGCACAGAAGUAAUAGCACAGAAUUAUCAGGAAACCCAGCUCAUGGUGCUGCUGCUGGCAAUAAUGAUGAUGGACUAAAUCAGCAGUUUCCUAGGAAGAAGAAGAAAGGGCAUGACAGGCCUGUAGAUAAAACAUCUAAUGAAAAGAACAAGGUCAAAAACCAAGUACAUCAUGAGGCUGACUUUGCUGACUCAGUGGGGCCAUCUGAAACGGCCUCAGAGGAUUGUGAGUUAUCUCACUUUACUUAUGAGAAUUUUUUGUUGCUGAUUGAACAACUUGGAAUGGAGCGUAAAGAUUCUAUUAGCCUAUCAAGAAGCCAAGACACAUUUUGUUUAUAUGAACACUUACUGAAACUUAAGAAUAAUGACUAUGAACAACUUACAGUAAAAAUUAAACAAACAGAAAAUAUGGCCAGUGUACUACAAAAGGAGCUAUCUGAAACAAAAAAGACAAAAUUACAGUUAGAGCUUCAAAAAAUUGAAUUGGAGAAACAGCUGUACAGUUUGAGACUUGCCUUAAAACAAGAAAAAGAGGAGAAAGGAAAUGCUGUCAUGUUAUAUAAUAAAUAUAGUGAACGGUUAAGACUAAAAGAAGAGGAAUGUGGGAAAGAGGUUGAAACGAAGCAACUACUUAAAUGGACACUGAGAAGACUCGUUAAGGAGUUGAAGACAGUUGUGCAGGAGCGAAACGAUGUCCAGAAGCAACUUUCUGAAGAACAGAAUGCCAGAAUAUUACAAGAUCAGAUUCUGACGAGUAAACAAAAGGAGCUAGAAAUUGCUCAAAAGAAAAUUAAUUCUGAGAUUUCUCAUAGGCAUAAAAAAGAAAAGGAUCUCUUGCAUGAAAAUUGCAUGUUGCAGGAAGAAAUUGCCUUGCUGAGACUGGAAAUAGAUACAGUAAAUAAUCAGAACCAGCAAAAGGAAAAGAAAUAUUUUGAAGACAUUGAGGUUGUGAAAGAAAAGAAUGAUAACCCUCAAAAAAUUAUAAAACUAAAUGAGGAAAAAUUAACAAAAACAAUACUGCAGUACAGUGGACAGCUGAACGAUCUGACAGCUGAGAACAAAAUACUCAAUUCUGAACUGGAAAAUGAGAAACAGAACCAAGAAAGACUGGAAAUAGAAAUGGAAUCGUAUCAUUGUAGUCUGGCUGCUGCUCUACAUGAUUGUGAUCAAAGUCAGACAUCAAGAGACCCAAAACUUGAUUUCCAGAGAACAAGACAAGAGUGGGUUCAUUUACAGGACAAAAAAAAGGUUGAUAUGUCUGACCUACAAGCUAAGACUGAGAUUCUUUCUGAAAAACUUUCUAAUGCUGAAAGUAAAAUCAGCAGCCUACAAAUUCAGCUCCAUAACACAAGAGAUGCUGUUAAAAGAAAGAGUUUGAUUUUGGAACGUUUGCAAAGAGACCUCAGCCAAACACACUGUGAGAAGAAAGAAACUGAACAAAUGUACCAAAAUGAACAACACAAACUGAAGAAAUACAUUGCCAAGCAGGAAUCUGUAGAGGAGAGAUUAUCUCAACUACAAAGUGAAAAUACAUUGCUUCGACAGCAACUUGAUGAUGCUCACAAGAAAGCUAACAGUCAGGAAAAGACAAUCAGUACUAUCCAAGACCAAUUUCAUGCUUUUGCCAAAAAUCUUCAAGCUGAGAGUGAAAAGAAGAUUCUUUCACUACAAGAGAAGAACAAGGAGUUGAUGGAUGAAUAUAAUCAUUUACAAGAAAGAAUGCAUCAAUGUGAGAAAGAGAAAGCAGGAAGAAAAGUUGACCUUAUAGAAGCACAGGAAACUGUACCUUCACAAUGUCUACAUCUGGAUGCAGAGAAUGAAGUUCUUCAACUUCAACAGACAUUAUUCUCUAUGAAAGCAAUACAAAUGCAAUGUGAAACACUGCAGAAGAAUAAGCAGCAGCUGGAACGAGAAGUAGUAAACCUCAAAAGUUAUAUGGAGAGAAAUAUGUUAGAAUGUGUUGAAGCUGAACAGCAUAAACUGUUGAUUGAAGAAAAAGCAAGGAAAGAGAUAGCAGAAAAAUUAAACGAAGCCAUUCCCACCUUGCAGAAACAAGCAGCAGUAUCUCAAGAACAGUUAGCACAGUUAAGGGAGGAUAAUACUACUUCAGUAAAAACUCAGAUGGAACUCACAAUCAAAAAUCUGGAAUCUGAAAUCUCCAGAAUAAACACUUCGUCAGCCAACUUUAAUAAAACCGAAUUGGAAAGAUAUAAGGAACUCUACCUAGAAGAAGUAAAAGUUAGAGAAUCCUUGUCAAAUGAACUGAAUAGAACUAAUGAGAAGAUAGCAGAGGUCAGUGCACAACUUACUGUGGAGAAAGAGCUGACCAGAUCUCCAUUCGCUGCUUGUAGUACAAGGCCCAUCCUAGAGCCACCUUGUGCUGGAAAUCUUAAUGAUAGUGAAGAUCUCAACAGAAAACAUAUUCCAAGAAAAAAGAAGUCUGCUCCUGAGAGCAUGGAGAGCUACUUGUUGAAGAUGCAGCAGAAGUUGCAAAAUGAUAUAACUACAGAAGUAACAGCUACUACUAAAUGUGAACCUGAACCAUAUGUAGAUUCUCCUCCAGAAUCUGCAUACCAGAAAAAUCUGAAUCAAGAUCCAGUGUUGGAAGCAACAAAAGAAUAUGCACAGAUUUUAAGCAGAAAAUACAUGGUCUGAAAGAUAAGGCAAUUUUAUUUCUGGGCUGUUGACAUAUUUUGUUUCCCAUUAAGUAUAUGAUGUGAACAUUUUUACUAAAGGGAAAUAUUCUGUAUUAUACAUGUCUGAUGAAAAUUUAUAUAGUAUUUUAAAUAAUGUUUCUUGGCCUCUUCAGCUAACUUUUAAGUGAUUUUGCAAAUGAAAACCACUAUUAUUGAGUUUUA